AUGUCAGAACCCGAGGACCAGCCUCAACAACUCAUCAACGGUACCCUCAAACCCCUCAUCGGCAUGGAUUCCAAAUCCACCAUUCCCGUCAUCAAGUCCAAGGCAGAGUACCUGAAAGCCGUCAUGUACGAAGGCGUGACGAUUCUAGAAGGCACAGCAACAUGGUGCCAGCAGUGCAAAGUAAUAGCGCCCGAAGUCGCCAAGCUAGUCGAAGAGUACCCAGACGUAAAGUUCUACCUGUACGACGUCGAGGAGUGCGAGGAUAUCGCGCACGAACUCGGGGUCAGAAGUAUGCCGACGUUUAGCAUUUUCAAGGACGGAGACAUUCAGGAUGGCGUUACGGGCGCGAAGCCCAAGGAGAUUCGGAAGGCGAUUGAAGCGUGCUUAUAG